AUGAAUAGCUUUUCAAAGUCUAUAGACGAUAAUAAUAUUUUAUUUGAGCAACUUUUAGGUGAUAACAAUUCAGAAGAAGAGCUAGAAUAUGAUGAAACAUUUUUAGAACAAUUGAUAAACCAAAAUUCAAUAUUAUUAGACGCUGAAUCAAACAAACAAUCUAAUAUUUUUCACAUCAAAAAUUUUUUGCAGGCACAUAAAACUGUUCGAAGUGAAGAAAUAAAUGAAUAUAAUUCAAGUAGUGAUGAUGAAAUUGACGAUAAUAAUGAGCAAAGUUUAAAAAAUAAAUCUGAAUCACUUGAAAAUGAAAUAUACAUUAUGGACGAAAUGUCAACUUCCCUUUCACCAUGUGCUAUUGUUGACAUAAUUGAUGGAAAAUUACAAACAUGCGGUAAUGAUAGUAAAAGAUGUAUUUUUCAAUUAAUAGGAACUUGGCAAAUAGAUACAAGUGUUGCGACUAAAUUUUUGGAUGGGAAGGUUAAUUUAGGAGUGUGUAUGUCGCAUUUUAAUUAUGAUCAAAAAAAUUAUAUAAGUCAUGCUAAACAAAUAAGAAAAAUGGAAAAAAGUAUAAUACAUCGAAGAAGAAAUAUACAAGUAGCUUGCAAUGGACAAUUCAGUUGUAAUGCACUUGAAGUAUGUCUGAAUAUAUCAAAUUUAGCUAAUGAGGAAUUUUCAGAUUCCCGAUACAUAUGUUGCAGCUGUUUUGAAAUCAAUGAUUCUGAUAAAAUACUCAUAGCAUUAGCGAACUGGCUUCUUUUUGUUGUAAAAAAUGAAAGUCAAGAUAGAAAAGAAAUUAUUCUUACACAUAUGUUAAAUCCUGCAUUACACUUUCUUCAAAAUAUAACAUUGUCCAAAAACACUAAAAAAAAUAUCGAUAUGGAAUCUAUUUGUAAUUUUGAAGAAAUUCAUAGGUCAUCAAUAUCUUCCACCACCUCUACAAUAUCAUCUAUCAACACGGUAUACAUAGGAUUAACAAGUUAUAUUCAAUUACCUACUCUUUUCAUGCUUCAAAUUCUUUUAAAAAUGAAUAAAAUUUCAAAUACAAUUUCUUCAGAAUUGUUUAUUUCAGAUGAACAAUGGCCCGAUGUAGGAAAUAAAUUGGCAGAAAGAAUUUGGAAAUCAAGAGAAGAAUUGAAUAAACAAAAAGCUGAAAUUCAAAAUCUGGCAUCUCUUGAAAAUUACUAUUCAGCUUUUCCAUCAUAUUUAACUGGAUUUUUUGGAAAUCUAUGUGGAGAUAUUUUAAAAAAAAAAUUAGAGAUAUCAAAUAGAAAGUCUAAAUCUCGAAAUAAACUAUUAAAACAAUUUGAUGAACAGCAAUUAAUAAAAAUAAGUCUUAGUAGAAAACCAAAACUCAAUCAACAAUUCCGACAUCUUCUUUCUACUUUGCAAAUAAGUGGACAUACAGACGGUCAAGAAAGAAAAUUAGAAAAGGUUCGAAUGAAAUCCAUAAAUCCAUGUCAACGUCUUAAUAAGAGUGAAAAUAUUUGGAAUUUAGGUGUUAUAGAUAACAUAGAUUUUAAGGAAGCAACUUUUAGAUAUGGAAACAUAUUUGAUACGACACGUACCAGUACACAUAAGACGCUCAGAAUGGUUUUUCAACACCAAAUGCCUUUUAAUUUGUAUGAAAAUAAGAAUGAUGAAAACCAAAAUAGUUCUCCACUUGAGUUAUUUGGUAUGAAUCAAAUGAUAAGUAAUACUUUGGAUAUUUUUGAUUCUGUUUUAGAUAACCUACUCAAUGUUCAAAUUAACUCUCAAGGCAUUGCAAUUUAUCAGACAAAUUUUGACAUGGCCAUUGUACAUGAUGAAAUCUUGAAUCGUGUUGAACAUAGAUGUAAAGUAGAACCUCCAAAUGUAGUUAUUUUAGAACCUGGUGGAGUUCCAAAUUCUGACGAGGGUAUUUUUGAAUCUUUAGAAAUUUAUGGAAUUUUUGAUCUUGCAAAUUCACUUGGAGUUAAAUUUUUGGAAAAAUUGGAAUCUGUUGUUGAUUAUAGGUCCACUGUUCGUGUUCUUGAAUUAAUAUGGACUGCAGUAUCUUUAGCAAUACGAAUCUACAUUAAAAAAAAAAAUAUUAGUAAGCAUGAAAUUUGGGAAAAUGCAAAUUUGGCGCUUCAAAUUUGGUACCUUUACUAUCAAUGGGCCGGAAUAUUUAAAGCUCAUCGUAUUAGCAUUCGAGUUGGAAAUUAUGAUUUACAAAAAAAUGCUUUAGCUGCAUUUGGUGGUUUAUUUGCUUCAGCAGCUAAAACUCAGUAUGCUAGUUCUGUAUGUCAUUUUUUUGGACAUUUUUUUGCAUACGACGAAGCUCUGGAGACUUUUGGAGUGAAAUUCAUAAAACAAAAUAUAACAGGAAACGUAGUUAAUAUGGAAAAUUUAAAAAUGCAAAUAAAAUCAGUACAAACGGAACGUGAUAGAAUUGAAAUCUUAUUAUCUGAAUACCUCAAUGAUCCAACAGCAUCUACCGGAAAUCAUGCAAUAAAUCAAAGAUAUGAUGCAAUGUGGAAUUUAGUCUAA